CGAUACACUCUGCCUCGCCCAGGCCUCCUCUGUCCACUUACAGUCACAAACACUCGAGCAGCCAUCAGGCAGAAUGGAGCUGGAGUCAGGUGCGGUGCCGGAGCUAGCCGAAGGGAUCAUGCACCCACGCUACACCCCCCAGUCGCCCACCUACACCCCCAAUUCCCCCUCUUACAGCCCCAGCUCGCCCUCCUACUUACCCACCUCGCCCAAAUACACCCCUACGUCUCCCUCUUACUCCCCCAGUUCUCCAGAGUACACCCCCACCUCCCCCAAAUACUCCCCCACCUCGCCCAAGUACUCUCCGACCUCUCCCAAAUACUCACCCACCUUCCCAACUUACUCACCGACGACGCCCAAGUACUGCCCCACUUCGCCCACCUACUCGCCCACCUCGCCCACCUACACCCCCACCAGCCCCAAGUACUUCCCUACCUCCCCAACAUACUCUCCAACCUCACCCACCUACUCACCAACUAGCCCCAAAGGGUCCACCUACAGCCCCCUGUCUCCGGGCUACAGCAACCCCUCGCCCAGCUUCACCUUCACCAGCCCGGCCAUCAGCCCAGACGACAGUGACGAGGAGAACAACUGAGGGAGCCAGGAGGAGAAGAGGGGGCUGAGGAGCCUCUCCCUGCCCCAAUCCAAGCCCCUGGGCUGGAUAACUGAAGGAUAGCCUCUCUGCUAGAGGUGUCGGUGGUUUGGGUGGACAAAGAAGAAGAAAAAAAACCUGGGCAUCCCACUUGUGAAUUUUAUAUUUUGGGGACCAUUGUACGUAGGGCGUAGGGCCUUGUCAUAUGGCUUUGGGCCUUGUCCAACUUGGG